GCGACUCGCUUCUCUGCAAUUGGAGGCAGCAGCCGCUGCUCUCUCCCUCCCUGCAAUCGCAGUCUCCUCUCUCUCUGCAGCCGCGGCAGCCGCUACUCUCUCUCUCUCUGCACAACGCAACGACGAUCGAUUAAAACCCUCUGGCCUGCUCUCGCCGCACAAUUUCUUGAUUCCCAUCUUCGCCAGUUAAGAUCAUCACUGGAAAGAGAAUGGAGAAAACGGGAACCCGGAAGCUGAGGAUCGCUAUCAUUCAUCCUGAUCUUGGGAUAGGAGGAGCUGAAAGGUUAAUUGUCGAUGCUGCAGUUGAACUUUCAUCCCAUGGGCAUGACGUUCAUGUUUUCACAGCACACCAUGACCGAAAUCGAUGUUUUGAAGAGACCCUUGCUGGGCCUUUCCCGGUUACAGUAUAUGGUGAUUUCCUGCCACGGCAUAUUUUCUACCGUUUCCAUGCUGUAUGCGCAUAUCUGCGAUGCAUCUUUGUUGCUCUUUGUGUGCUACUCAUGUGGCCCACUUUCGACAUUAUACUGGUAGACCAAGUCUCUGUUGUAAUUCCCCUGGUGAAAAUAAAGAAGUCAACCAAGAUUGUUUUCUAUUGCCAUUUUCCAGAUUCAUUGCUGGCAACACGCACAACUAAGCUUAGGAGGUUGUACCGCGCACCUAUUGACCAUGUUGAAGAAACAACUACUGGGAUGGCCGAUUUGAUUCUUGUUAACAGCAGAUUUACAGCAUCUACAUUUGCAAAAACAUUCAAACGUCUUGAUGCACGAGGAAUCCGACCAUCUGUUCUUUACCCAGCCGUCAACGUGGAACAGUUCGAUGAACCUUCUGCUUAUAAGUUGAACUUUCUUUCAAUCAACCGCUUUGAAAGGAAAAAGAACAUUGAUUUAGCAAUCUCUGCUUUUGCAAUGCUCCAUGCCUUUGACGGAGACAUUCUUCAAGGUCAUAAUCUGGCUGAGGUUACAUUGACUCUUGCAGGUGGCUAUGAUAAACGUCUCAAGGAGAACGUAGAGUAUCUGGCUGAGCUGAAGAGCUUGGCGGAGAGGGAAGGAGUGUCUGAUCGAGUCCAGUUUGUCACAUCCUGUUCGACUGCAGAAAGGAAUGCAUUGCUUUCUGAAUGCAUUUGUGUUCUUUAUACGCCGAAGGACGAGCACUUCGGCAUUGUUCCACUGGAAGCAAUGGCAGCUCAGAAGCCUGUGAUUGCAUGCAAUAGUGGCGGCCCAGUGGAGACGAUCAGACACGAGGUCACGGGGUUCCUUUGUGAUCCAACUGCGCAUGAAUUCUCCCGUGCCAUGGCCCACUUCAUCAGUGACACCCAGAUGGCGGAAAGGAUGGGCAAAGAAGCACGCCGGCAUGUUUUGGAGACAUUUUCCACCCACAUAUUUGGCCAACAGUUGAAUCGUUUGGUCGUCGACGUUGCCAAUAGAAAAUUGGAUUGAAACAGGAAAUACACAUGUAUGCAGGUUCAUAUUGAUGAAUUAACUACAAUGUGAAUUGGAUAGCCUCCAGAUAUUGACUGUCCCGGGAGAAAAUUUUGGAUUGUGGGGCCCAUUUUGGCAAUGGUUGUUGGCGGUUUAGGCCUGUGGGCUUGU